GCAUUGUGCAGCAGGCGGGUCCCCGCGCGCGCGGCAGGGUCCUGGGCUCGCGCUGCUCCCAGGAAUGGUGAGCAAGGGGCCGCUGCUACGCCUGCUGACUGCCUUCAACCGGAGGAGGAUGAAGCUGCUGGUGGUCAUCGCCUUUGUCGCCUACGUAGCCUCUGUUUGGGGCAAUUUCGUUAACAUAAGCUUUCUCCUUUACAGGUCUAUACAGGAAAAUGGAGAACAGAAAAUUGAAAAUAAGAUAGAAGAGGCUGUUGCUCCAUUGAGAGAGAAAAUCAGAGACUUGGAAAAAAGCUUCACCCAGAAGUACCCACCAGUGAAAUUUUUAUCAGAAAAAGAUCGAAAAAGAAUUUUGAUAACUGGAGGAGCAGGGUUUGUGGGUUCUCAUCUUACUGACAAACUAAUGAUGGAUGGCCAUGAGGUUACAGUUGUGGACAACUUCUUUACGGGCAGGAAAAGAAAUGUGGAACAUUGGAUCGGCCAUGAAAACUUUGAGCUAAUUAACCAUGAUGUUGUAGAGCCCCUCUACAUUGAAGUGGACCAGAUUUAUCAUCUAGCAUCUCCUGCUUCUCCUCCAAACUAUAUGUACAAUCCUAUCAAGACAUUAAAGACCAACACAAUUGGUACAUUAAAUAUGUUGGGCUUGGCAAAACGUGUUGGAGCACGUCUUCUUCUGGCCUCCACCUCUGAAGUAUAUGGAGAUCCAGAGGUCCACCCCCAGAGUGAAGAUUAUUGGGGCCAUGUGAAUCCCAUCGGACCUAGAGCCUGUUACGAUGAAGGAAAACGUGUGGCAGAGACCAUGUGUUAUGCCUACAUGAAGCAGGAAGGGGUUGAAGUGAGAGUUGCUAGAAUAUUCAAUACUUUUGGACCACGGAUGCAUAUGAAUGACGGCCGAGUUGUCAGUAACUUCAUUUUGCAAGCUCUCCAAGGGGAGCCUCUCACAGUCUAUGGCUCUGGGACUCAGACUCGAGCGUUCCAGUAUGUCAGUGACCUAGUAAAUGGACUGGUGGCCUUAAUGAAUAGCAAUGUUAGUAGCCCUGUCAACUUGGGGAACCCAGAAGAACACACAAUUCUAGAAUUUGCUCAGUUAAUUAAAAACCUUGUUGGGAGCGGUAGUGAAAUUCAGUUUCUCUCAGAAGCCCAGGAUGACCCACAGAGAAGAAAACCGGACAUCCAAAAAGCCAAGCUAAUGCUCGGGUGGGAGCCCGUGGUCCCUUUGGAAGAAGGCUUAAAUAAGGCAAUUCACUACUUCCGUAAAGAACUCGAAUACCAAGCAAAUAAUCAAUACAUCCCCAAACCAAAACCUGCAAGGAUAAAAAAAGGCCGAACACGACAUAACUGAAGGAAGGAUUUGCUUCUCUGGACAGGAGAAUUCCCUCUUUUACAUUUGACAGGAUGUAAUUUUUUUCCUUUUCCUUUUUUUUAAAGAAAGACUUAAACAGGUGUCAUGAAGAACAAACUGGAAUUUCAUUCUGAAGCUUGCUUUAAGGAAAUGGA